AUGUUUCUAGUUGGGAGCCUAGUUGUCCUCUGUGGGCUGCUGGCCCAGAGCUCAACCCAGCUGGCAGGCCUGCCCUUGCCCUUGGGACAAGGCCUGCCCUUGCCACUGAACCAAGGCCUGCCUUUGGCCGUGACCCCAGUUCUGCCUUCAAAUCCCACAGGCCAUCUUGCUGGAAGCUUCACAGAUGCUCUCAGUGGUGGCCUGCUAUCUGGGGGACUGCUGGGCAUUUUGGAAAAUAUUCCACUCCUGGAUAUUCUAAAGUCUGGAGAAGGGAACUCUAAUGGCCUGGUCGGGGGCCUGCUUGGAAAACUGACUUCAUCAAUCCCUCUCCUGAACAGUAUUCUUGACAUAAAAAUCACUGACGCCCAACUGCUGGAACUUGGCCUUGUGCAGAGCCCUGACGGCCAUCGCCUCUAUGUUACCAUCCCUCUGGGCUUGAGACUCAAAGUGAAUACGCCCCUGGUUGGAAUUGGAAUUUUGGAACUGGCUGUGAAGCUGAACAUCACCGCAGAAGUCUUAGCCGUGAAAGAUAAUCAGGGGAGGAUCCACCUGGUCCUUGGAGACUGCACCCACUCCCCUGGCAGCCUGCAAAUCACCUUGCUCAAUGGACUCAGUCCCCUUCAAAGCGUUUUAGACAGCCUCACAGGGAUCCUGACUAAAGUCCUUCCUGACCUGGUGCAGGAAAAGGUAUGUCCUCUGGUCAAUGGGAUUCUCAGCCGUUUGGAUGUCACCCUGGUGCAUGACAUUGCUGAAUUACUGAUCCAUGGACUACAAUUUGUCAUCAAGAUCUAG